UUUGUUUACAAGUUUCUGCUCCACUAUAGUGGAGCACGUGUAUGGGUUGCUCCAGUCAGUUCAACUUCGAGUAAGGGAGCAGCAGGUGGUCUAAUCCUAAGUGUGAGCCAUGGAAAAGGGGAUUAAAGAUGUACACAAACAAAUCUCAAGCAUCUACAUUGGGUCAUAAGAGACCAGGUCAUAAGUCCAACACAGAACCAGCAGUUAAAAAGCCAGUUGAAAGCAGUGAGGAAAGAAGGCAAAGAUUAGCUAAAGAAUUAAUGGCAAGUGAAGUUUUUAAGUUUAACGAACUGAGAAGUUAUAAGGGGCAAAUUUGGUUAGUUAAGACAAAUAUAGAAGAUCUCCAGUUAAAACUGACAACUCUUUGUGAUCAGGCAGCAGUGUGUACUACAUAUAAGAAAGUUGACGACGGAACGGAAGACUAUACGUAUCACACAGACAAUUGUGCCGAAAGAUUUCUACUUCUCUUUGAAAUCGAAUUCACUGAAUUAGUUGGGUGCGGAUGUCACGCAGCAGCAAAUGCCGCAGAAGCGUGGUCGUAUCUAGUGUCAAGACUAAUAAAAUAUCAAUAUCUGGUGAACAGAGACACUCCAUCCAAAUAUCGUCCACUUUUUCAUAAAACUAGGAAUACUGAAGUUGGGAGCUAUGCAAAGCACUGGGGAAGCCCUGGUAAUGUGGAAGAAGUUAUAUUAGAACUAUAUGAUACGGACGUUUUCACGAUUCAAUUUAAUGGUACAUUACAUAAAGUAUUUGACAAUCUUAAGUCUACGUGUCAUUUUUAUCGCCAAGUUGAUUGUACACGUCAGUCUCUACAACAAUUGAUAACCCAGCCGGCUCAUACCCGUGUAACUCCAAAAUCUAAAAAACAAAGAGAGGAUGUCAGACCAGUAGUAUAUGUUUGUCAUUUAUGUGGAUCUUCGUUUGAACUGAAUAAUAAUUUGAAUCAACAUUUACGGAAAAUACAUCUGGCCAAACUAAUCAAAUGUCCGCAGUGCACAUUUACGUCUUAUUCUCGACAAGUUUUAGGAAGACACACUUUGAAGCAUUCCACACAACUUCGGUGUACAGUAUGCGGAAAACCUUUCACAACUGCAAAAUCAUUGAAAUUCCAUUUACAAACCCAACAUUAAAGAGUAAUUUUAUGUACUACACCUCAUGAACUAUUUUUGUACUACUAUACUACACCUCUUUGGACAUGUAGUGUCUAAUUUCAUUUUUUUUCACCAU